AUGCUUCCAGAUCAACCCCCCCUCAACUGCGCCUACAACCGCGAUGAUGUCGUCGCUGGCCUCACUCAAUACUACUCAGCGCUCACGCGUAUGGCCUACAUCCCAUCAUCAUACGUUGAUUUCCCACCGCCAGGGGGCUGGACAGAUGCCGACCUCGACAUCGGCGCCCUGCGUGCUUUCCGACGCUCCGAGGCCGUAAUCGACCUGCUGCGCCAUCUCCCGUAUGCCAGACCAAUGCACGACGGACCUCGUCCGGGCCUUUGGAACGUCGCACCACAAACCAAGGCUGUGCGCUACCUCCGUCACAUGGGACACUUCAGUCAGUGGUCCGAUCGUGGCGACGCGGGGCUGCUUGAGCUUGCUGCCCUUCCCUCUCACGACACGGGAGCCGCACCGAUGGAUUUGUCGCCGGAUGUGAUUUGUCUCACGUUUGGAGAGUACCACUCUUCAAGCUCACGCACGAAGCCCUAUUGGUGGAUUGUAGACUGCAGCCGAGGUGUUAUCACGCCGUACCAAGAACGAGUCUACAGCGUUGGAAAGGUCCCACGCAACAAGCCGUGGCGAUGUGUGCGGUCGUACUCUGUUACGGAUUACUUCUCGCAGCUCGUGUCGAGCCUGGGCGUCCAGUUGUUCCCCGUGCCGCCGACCGAGGAUGUCGACGCCGAGGUCCUUGACCCGAGCGCCCUCGCGAAGUCAUCGGAGCCGGUGGAUAUCUACCGUGCCCACGGCUGGGGCACCGGUGACCUCGCAGACUUCAGACACGACGAGUGCAUCGUCGCUCUCCAAGGCUGGCGACGUCGGAUGCACGAGGAAGUGCAGAGAAAGAUCGCUCAGGAUGUGGACGACGCCGAUGAUGAGGACUUCGAGAUGGACGACAGUGAUGACGACGAGGAUGCUGCGCAUGAGGGAGAGGCGGGUGAUGGCCUCGCUGAUGCCGUGGCGGAUAUGGAGAUGGACGAUUUGAGUGCCGAGGCUGCUGCUCUGAGAGCUGACAUGAGCCCAGAGGAGCGUGCAAAGUUUGAUCGCAGAGAGAUGCAGUCGCACUUUGUGUGGAUUGACGAGGAAUGA